AUUCCAAAAAACAAAAACACAAACAAAGAAUCCAUUAUCUACUCAAUCUCUCUCUUCUCUUAUCUCUGUCUCUCUCAAAACUAUAUAUAAAUGUGUUAAGGGUUUUUGAGAUUUUUAUACAUACACCCAAAGUCUUGAACAUUAUUUGUAUAAUAUAUAAAAUAGAGAGAGAGAGAGAGAGAGAGAGGGGGAGAGAUUGAUGGGGGAUUCAGGGAUGGUGGUGAUGGUUGAUGAGAAGGAAGAAAAAGAGAGAUUGAUUGAGGUGUUGGAUUUUGAUAUGUUAUGUUCAAGGGUGGCCAUGAAAACAAACCAAGGGAAAUGGAAUAAUAAUUUGCAACCACAAGAAGAUAGUUACUAUUAUGAAGAAGCAGAAGAAGAAAUGGAAAUGGAAAUGGAGUUAGGAUUAGGAGGUGGUGUUUUUAGGAUGUGGGAAGGUGAUCUUCUUGAAUGUUUUGAUGACAAACGUUUGCUUCUUCAAUCAUCAUUCUGCCCAUGGUAUAGAUUCGGUGAGAAUAUGAAACUGGCUGGUUUCGGUUCUUGUUUCUUUCAGGGAUUUGUUUACAUAAUAUUAGCUACGAUUGCUCUUUGCAACUUUGUUGCAUUUGCUGUCACGAAGAAGCAUUGUUUCUUGUAUCUCGGGGUUGCUUUUGCACUCUUCCUUGGAUCAUAUGUGGGAUUUCACCGCACCAAAAUGAGAAACAAGUUCAAUAUCAAGGGAAGCAGUAGUUCUUUGGAUGAUUGUGUAUCCCAUCUCAUAUGCCCUUGUUGCACCUUAGCUCAGGAAUCAAGAACACUAGAAAUGAACAAUGUUCAUGACGGUACUUGGCAUGGUCGAGGUGACACAAUGUGCAUAGGAACAUACGUUGAGGGUGUCAAGGCCUUCGAGCUAAUUCCACCAACGAGCAUUUCAAUAGAGUCUCCAAAACCUUAAAUCCAGCCCCUCACACAAAUUACUGCCGCAAAUCUUGAUACUGGGCAGGGAUCUUUUCCUGACAAGCUCAAAAUUUUGGAUAGCAACAAUUAGAGGCCAUUGUUGUUGUAUCGAUCAAGAACGUCACCAUUGCCCGCCCCCUGUUAAAGAAAACGAGUGAAAAAAAUGUAUGUGAUGAGUUUGUAUAGUUUGAAAGCCUGAAAGGUCAUGCAAAAGUGCAAAACUGUGAAAAAGUAAUCUUUGCAAGUUAGUUUGACCAAAUGUUUCGACAUGGAGUGUGAUACUUGAUACGUUUGGUUGUGUAUCACUCAUAACGGUAAUACGAUACAUUCCACUUUUAUAUAAAAACGUAUUACGUACAUAAUA